UGUGUUGUUGUGCGUUUGAUUCAGUAGUUAGAUGAUAUCCCUUCAUUCAUUAUCCCACGUGUGAUAAGCAGCUCACUGUUUGUUCUUAGAAUGGUAACGAUUGUUUCAAGUUCAUUAUGACUGUUUACAAGAGUUUAUUUGCUGCUAACUAGAGCUGAAUCCUAAGGGCGAAAUGCAGUUACGUCGGAGAAUCAAGUUGUCAAUAUCUCCUCUUCUGUUACUUUUCCUUUUUGUUCCACCAACAGUUAUGCCUCAACAAGACCUCGAGGACGAGAAUUUUGCUGUGUUCGAAGAUCCGAUGACAGAGAGAUUCAAUCACUUGACUGUUCACGAUUACACCGAGAAGGUAUACAUUGGAGCCGUGAAUAGAAUUUAUCAGCUUUCUCGCGAUCUCAGGUUAGAGGCUGUUGCUGUUAUGGGCCCUCAAGAGGACAGUCCGAAGUGCCCUGUCACAAGGAUAUGCCCGAAUGAAGCUAAACGACCUACAGAAUAUUAUAAUAAGGCAUUAGUCAUUGACUAUCCGCAGAGUCGGUUAAUUGCCUGUGGAAGUCUUUUUCAAGGGAUCUGCACCGUGCACAAUCUCAACGACGUCACGAAUUUUGUCACGCCUGCCAAUGAAUCAGUUGUGGCUAAUAAUUCUACGGCUUCCACAGUGGCCUUCAUAGCUCAAGGGCCGAAGAGCUUACCACGGAUGCAUGUACUUUAUGUGGGUGUGUCGUACACUGGUAAUGGACCAUACCGUUCUGAUGUACCAGCAGUCAGCAGUCGAAGUCUUGAUCCCAAUAAUAUGUUUGCUAUAGCACACACUGGCGUUACUACUGGCACCAAAGUACUGGUGAACAGUAUGUCUAGAGAAAUCUAUCCCAUUACUUAUGUAUACGGGUUCAGCUCUAAGGGCUUCUCUUACUUCGUGACAGUUCAAAAGAAAUUUACAGACCCACCGAAACCUUUCAUAUCAAAGCUUGUUCGCAUUUGCCACGAAGAUGUACAUUAUUAUUCAUACACGGAAGUUCCAUUAGUCUGCCGUGCUCCUGAUGGCACCGAUUAUAAUUUAGCACAAGCUGCGUAUGUGGGAAGGCCUGGAUCAGAACUCGCAGUCUCACUAGGCAUUGCAGCUCAAGAUGAUGUCCUCUUUGCAGUAUUUGCAAAGUCAAAGGAUGAAUCUGAUAUCUAUAAUAAGCCAAGUCCUAAUUCUGCAUUGUGUGUCUAUGCUUUGUCUGCAGUACACCGAAAGUUCACCCAAAAUAUACAACACUGCUUCAAUGGCUUUGGAGACAGAGGCCUUGAUUUCAUCAAUCCAAGUCAAAACUGCAUGGUUACGCAAGUGCAAAUCAAUGACGAUUUUUGUGGUAUGGACGUUAAUACGCCACUUGGGGGCAGCAUGCCUAUUGAAGCCACUCCUGUUCUUACUUAUUCUGGACUUCUUUUGACUUCCGUUGCUGCUACUUCCACCCAUGAUUACACUGUUGCUUUCAUGGGCACCGCUACUGGUCAUUUAAAAAAGGCUGUGGUCGAAUCAGUGACUAGUGCGUUUGAAUACAGCGACCUACAGAUUGAUGAAGGCAAAUCUGUUAGCCCGGAUAUGUUGUUUGACAAAAAUAAAGAAUUCCUUUACGUAAUGACCGAGCGUCGGGUGACGAUGGUCAAAGUGCAAGAGUGUCUGGUCUACAAAACUUGCAGUGAUUGCUUAGAUGCCCAGGAUCCUUACUGUGGUUGGUGUUCACUUGAAAACAAAUGUAGCCUUAGAAGUGACUGCGCCGAAGCUGCCCAAGAUCCUCUCUACUGGUUAUCUUAUAAAAGUGGGAAGUGCACAACCAUAACUAGCGUCCAUCCACCUCAAAUUCAGAGAACAACUGCCAGAAUUCUCAAUUUAGUAAUCGAUAAUUUGCCAGUUCUGGAAGGGCAGUUUUAUUGUGCUUUCACUGCUCUCGGAAAGUCACUUGUCUCAAAUGCUUCACGCCUAGCUAAUGGAGUCAGUUGUGCUACUCCUCACACAGAUUCUCUUCCAGCAAUACCACCCGCUCAACAUCAUUUUACGGCGAAAUUAUCUGUGAGGAUGAAAAAGGGUCCCGAUUUUGUUGCCACAAACUUUACGUUCUACGAUUGCAGCACAUAUACAUCAUGUACUCAGUGUGUCUCCAGUCCUUUUCCGUGCGAUUGGUGCGUUGGGGGCCAUCGAUGCACUCAUGACACAGGAGAGAAUUGUCGAAAUGACAUACUAGUCACGGGUAUAUCAAGUAUAGGUCCAAGUAUACGAUCUGGUCCCGGUUUCUGCCCAAGAAUAAAUACUACUUCUGGUGGUUCCAUUGAAAUUUUAGUACCAUCUGGCAUAAGUAAACGCAUUCAAGUUAAAGUCGACAACAUACAGCCUAUUAUUGCAUCUACUAGAUUUGUGUGCCAGUUUAACAUUGAGGGAAGAGUUCGACAGGUGCAUGCUCAACUUUUGGGUGAUACCAUUUAUUGUGAUCCAAUGGUGUUUGCAUAUGGCACUCAAGCUCCAAACAUUACAACUGCAUUUGCUGUGAUAUGGGAUGGAAGCAAGCCAUUAGAUAACCCAGAAAACAUACAUGUGUUAGUGUAUCGAUGUCAAGGAAUGGCGCAAAAUUGUGGAAUAUGCUUGGAACUUCCGGAUAAAUAUUCUUGUGGGUGGUGUCAAGAUCCACCAUCAUCUUGCCAGGUACAUGAACAGUGCAGCACUGAUCCAACACAGUGGCUUGACCAUAGUCAGACAUGCCCUGAUCCAAAAAUAACUAGGUUUUAUCCCGAGUCAGGACCAUGGGAAGGUGGUACCAACAUAACAAUUGAAGGCAUCAAUUUAGGUCGUGUUUUUGAAGAUGUGGCUGGUGGAGUAAAGGUUGUAUAUGAUGCUGAUGGCCGAACUAUUGCUGAAUGUUUACCACACAAGGAAAAUUACCGAAAAACUAGCAAAAUAGUUUGCCAGGUUGAAAGCCCUCGAAAUCUUACCACUGGUCUUGGAGGAGGUUCAAUUUCAGGCCCAAUUGUAGUAAAAGUCCAAAAUGACUACAUUGCGAGAUCUCAGAAGCAUUACUCUUUUGUUAAUCCAAGAAUAACUUCAGUUGUACCUAGCAAGGGACCUAGAUCUGGUGGUACGAAACUUAAAAUAUGGGGUUUGCACAUGGAUGCUGGGAGUAGAGCUGAAGCAUUUGUUGAUGGAUUGGAGUGUAAAGUUACUGGAAGAAGAAGUAACUACGUUGACUGCACCACUUCAGCAUCUAAAGAUAAAGGCCCAGGAAAAGUCAGAGUAAAAUUUGAUAAUGGUCUGCGAAUUUUUGAAGAUUAUAAUUUUCUGUAUGUAGAUGAUCCUGUAAUUGGUAGUGUGGAAUCUGGCUCAGGCCAACGGGGCACUCCCAAAGGAAUUCCAAGUGGAGGUAUCAGCGUAACAGUGCAUGGGACAAACUUAAAUGCAGUGCAGCAACCAAUGAUGUAUGUUUUAGUUGACAACCAAGAAUAUACUAGUACUUGCAAAGCUGAAUCAUCAACAGAGAUGAAAUGCUGGAGUCCUGCUGUGCCCCCAUCAAAACUCGAUUUUUCUGGAGAUGAAGCAAUUGAACUUGAUUUUGGCUUCCUGAUGGAUAAUGUUGAGAAAGUUAAGAACUUAAGUGAAAGACCAGGUUUUCCAAAAUUUUAUAUGUAUCCUGAUCCUUUGUAUUACAAAUUUACAGAAGAAAAUCAUAUCAAGUACUACAAAAGUGAUUAUUUAACAAUAAAUGGCCAAAAUUUAGACAGAGCUUCACAAGAAUCAGAUGUUUUAGUACGAAUUGGAACAAGUUAUUGCAAUGUCACAUCCCUCUCACGCUCACAGCUUACCUGCCGACCACCUACUUCUCAACCUCAUGCACGUGAUAUUUCUGGCUUGCCUGUCCCUGGGCAACUUCCUGAAGUUGUGGUCGAAGUUGGGGAUAUUUUGAAAUUUCCUAUUGGGAAGCUGAGCUAUGAAUUACCUUCAUCUCAUGAUAGUGCCUUAUCAAAACCUGUCAUUAUUGGAGUCAUUGUGGGCGGUUGUAUUCUUGUUAUUAUUGUCAUCAUCAUCUUGAUUGCAUACAGGCAAAAGUCAACUGAAAGUAGUCGUGUGUUGAAAAAUAUGCAAGAACAAAUGGAUGUGUUGGAAUUAAGGGUGGCCAGUGAAUGUAAAGAAGCUUUUGCUGAAUUGCAGACUGAAAUGACUGAUUUAACAAGUGAUCUCACUGCUGGUGGCAUACCUUUCCUGGAUUACCAGACAUAUGCAAUGAAAGUUCUUUUCCCCAACUCUGAUGAUCAUCCAGUGUUAAGAGAAAUGCAGUUGGACCCUUUAAAGAAACCUUACAUUGAAAAAGGUCUACGUCUGUAUGGUCAACUAAUAAUGAACAAAAUUUUCUUACUGCUUUUCAUACGAACUCUUGAAUCAAAUCGUUAUUUUUCUAUGCGAGACAGAGUCAAUGUUGCUUCGCUAAUAAUGGUUACCUUGCAAGGUAAAAUGGAAUAUUGUACUGACAUUCUGAAAACUUUGCUUGCUGAAUUAAUAGAAAAGUGUAUUGAAGGUAAAAGUCAUCCAAAGCUUUUACUACGGAGGACUGAAUCUGUAGCAGAAAAAAUGCUGUCAUCUUGGUUUACUUUCUUAUUGUAUAAAUUUUUAAGAGAAUGUGCUGGCGAUCCUCUUUUUAUGCUUUAUCGAGCAAUUAAGCAACAAGUUGAUAAAGGACCAGUUGAUGCCAUAACUAGUGAAGCUAGGUACUCAUUAUCUGAAGAGAAGCUUAUAAGACAGUCAAUAGAAUAUAAAAGUAUGACUGUAUAUGUUUCCAUGUCCAUCCAAACACAAUGUGCAUCAGGAUUGGAACCGCCUGGAGAAAACAUAGAAACUCCUGUAAAAGUUUUAGACUGUGAUACUAUCCUCCAAGUAAAAGAAAAAGCAUUAGAUACUAUUUAUAAAAGCACUCCAUUUACUCAAAGGCCAAGCAAAGAAGAUCUUGAUUUAGAGUGGAGGACUGGAACGUCUGGCCGUCUUACAUUGUCAGAUGAAGAUGCUACUACAAAACAAGAUGGAGAAUGGAAAAGGCUCAAUACUCUUGCUCAUUAUAAGGUUCCAGAUGGUGCUCUUUUGACUCUGGUGCCAAAGCAGUCGUCCAUGUACAACCUCUCCAUUAUGACUGAUAAAAAUGAUAGGCAUAAAUAUGAAACACUUAAUUUCUCUUUGAAAACAAGUCCCACUCUUAGUCGUGCCACUUCACCUUUAAAUCAUGAUCCAGAGUCAGGCUACAAAUAUUGGCAUUUGGUAAAACAUCAUGAUGCGGAAACAAACAAAGAAGGUGAAAGAGGUAAUAAAAUGGUAUCUGAAAUCUAUCUGACACGUCUUUUAGCAACAAAGGGUACUUUACAGAAAUUUGUGGAUGAUUUAUUUGAAACAAUUUUCUCAACUGCACACAGGGGUAGCGCUUUACCUCUUGCAAUAAAAUAUAUGUUCGAUUUUUUGGAUGAUCAAGCUCUAAAUCAUGCUAUUUCAGAUCCAGAAGUCGUUCAUACUUGGAAGUCUAAUAGCUUGCCUUUGAGAUUCUGGGUGAAUCUUAUAAAAAAUCCCAAUUUUGUAUUUGAUAUAUAUAAAACAAAUAUUGUGGAUUCAUGUCUGUCUGUGGUAGCCCAGACAUUUAUGGAUGCAUGUUCAACAUCGGAACAUAGAUUAGGGAAAGACUCUCCAAGCAGCAAACUUCUCUAUGCCAAAGAUAUACCAAUAUAUAAGGACUGGGUUGAAAGGUAUUAUCAAGAUAUACAGCUGAUGCCAGCAAUAAGUGAUCAGGACAUGAAUGCCAUGCUCGCGGAAGAAUCCAGGGUAUUUAGAUUACUGAUGAUUAAUUUGUUUUUUUUUUGCUUGUGUUUUUCAUAAUUUUAAACUUAAAAA